UGUAAUCUCAUAAACUCACCAUGUCGAGUCGGAAACUAGUCGUCGUCGUUACUGGCGCAUCCAGAGGUAUAGGUCUGGCUGUCGUCAAGAUACUACUCGAGACAUUCAAUGCCAACGUAGCGGCAAUUUCGCGAACCCGCACACCUGAAUUAGAGUCAUUGGUAUCGGACAGUCUUCUACACAUUCAAUGCGACGUGUCGGAUGAGCCCUCACUGGUCCAGGCGAUCUCGCAGGCGGAACAACGUUUCAGUCAUAUCGAUGGCUUUAUCCUGAAUGCUGCCGUGGUGGAGCCUAUGUGCCGUAUUGGGGAUUCUACACCUCUGUCUGCCUGGAAAGCCCAUUUUGAUGUCAACUUUUUCUCGUUAAUCACUGCUGUCAGAUCAGCACUGCCUGCGCUGAGACGGAGCGAUGUUGGCGGCAGGAUUGUAUUCGUCAGUUCCGGUUCUGCCGUCAAAGGCACAGUGGGGUGGGGUCCUUAUAACGCAUCCAAAGCUGCUAUGAAUAGCUUGUGCAGGACCUUGUCUGAAGAAGAACCGAAAGUGACUUCAGUUGCUCUGAGGCCUGGUGUUGUAGACACAAAUAUGCAAACCAUGCUGAGGAACACCGGUGGCGAGAGUAUGUCUGCCAAAGACUAUCAGAAGUUCCUUGAUUACCAUGCCAAGGGCGAACUUCUGGCUCCAGAUCUGCCAGGUCGUGUAAUAGCCGCACUUUCUCUGCAAGCACCCGCAACUUUGAGCGGCCAGUUCGUCAGUUGGAAUGACGAGUCAUGCACACCCUUCAGAAGUUAAAGUUUGACGUAUAGUGUAGUGUUGAUAUUGAAACUUCGAAAGUCUCUUUGUAUUUUCAACCGGAAC